AGCAGGCACACAUCAGUGAGCAGGACAGUGGCUCUUCUCUCUCCUCUGCCAACAUGCUACAGGGCAGUAGCUUCAGUUCAAAGUCUGAAUCAGUGCAUUUUCUCAUUUUUAGGUAAAGCGGGACACAGCAACAAAGCUUCAGGGCAAAUCAGAGAGGAGGAAAUCAGAGUCUGCUUCUGCUCUAGGGGAAUCCAGGAUAAACUUCCUAUGCCUUGAAACAUGUCAUGAAAGCCCAGAAAGCUGAGGGGAAAAGUAUUCUUUUUGGCUGAAGGUCUUUACAGCCAAUGCAGAAACUCAUUAGUUACUCAUUGCCUUGGCAAGUCUCAUAAAACACCCAGCAGAGCCCAGCGAAUACUUUUCUUCAUUGUUCUGAGAGCUCAGAAACCCACGGACUGAACAAGGCCUUGAACCCAUUUUAUGGACUCACUUCUUACUAAGCUACCAUAAAAUACUAAAAUUGAAACCUUAUAAAUAAGGAGGGAAAGGAGCUGUGCAUUUCUUGGCAGAAGCAGCUUCUCCAGAGACUCUGCCCUAGACACCCCUCCGAGAUGGCGCAGAGGAGCAGCCUCGCAGUCCCCUAUGAGGUUCCUCUCCUUGCUCUUUGCCUUUUGGUGUGUGUAGCCACAGGUCUGGAGCUGUCAGUAAAUAACCACAACGCUGACUUCUCCCUGCUUACAUCACCUGGCCCUGCCGUCUCCCUCUCCUGCCUGGUGCAGAACAGCAGCAAGGCUGAGGAGCUGCUCUGGUACCGAGGAGAUGGGCGAGUGGAUCUGAAAGAUGGGAAUAAAGUGAACAUCAGUAACAUCUGCAUAUCCCCAGUCACUGAGUCCGACAAUGGAGUCACCUUCACGUGCAAGCUGGCACGGGACACGUCUGUGCAGGUGUCUGUGAUCCUGGAUGUCCAGUUUCCUCCCCACCUGUCUGGAGAGGAGUUCGUCCACACUGAAGAAGACAAAGACGUUACUCUGUCCUGCAACUCCAAAUCCAACCCUCAGGCCCGUGCGGCUUGGUACAAGAACAACACCACCCUGACCCUGCAAAAGGACCGUUACCAGCUCUACCAGACCAGUGAGGUCUUUCAGCUCUCCAUUAAACAAGUGCAGAUCUCUGACAAUGGGACCUACACCUGCGUGAUGAGCUAUCCUUUCAGCGAGUGGAAAAAGGAUUUCCACCUGAUAGUUGAAGACAAACAGCCUGUUUUCCCCACGGAGGCCAUUAUUGCUGCUGCUGUGGUGGUUUCACUCACGAUACUUUUUGGAAUUGUGGCUCAAAAAGAUAACAUUUGCAAGGUAUGGAAAGCUCCAAUUUAUUAGGGAAAAAAAACAGUAUUUUGUGGCAAUGCCCUGUCUUCUUCUGCCUUUUCUGUUCUACUUUGUUGUGCGGCUUUCCACGGUUAAAGAACUCUACAUAUGACCUCCUGCUUUAGAACUAGCAGUAGGUAAUCAAAUAGUAGGUAUUUUAAGGUGGAGAGCAUCAUGCACUUGUAAUAUAUUAAUCUAAAUAUCCCUAUGGUCAGGAAACACAAAAGAUAAUGAGUCUGCUUCUUUAUUUCCAGUGCUUCAAGACAUCAAAUGAAACAGCUCUGUAAGUAUUUGCUUAUUCAAGCAGCUUCCAAACAAACCCUCUUCUUUAAGCCUUGUCUUAAAGCUUAAACCAGAAGAGCACUCAGUGUGCUUCCUGGAGCUGAAUGCAGCCCAGGUAAAUGCAACUCACGUGGGGUUUUUUUCCCCUGUAGGUGAUUUUUCCUUUGUUCUUUCCAUUUUGCUGCAGGUGAAGACCGCAGGGAUCCUGUGCAUACCCAGAAACCGUAAAUUUCUACUGCUGGAAUUAAGCCCUUGAGUGAGAUGUUGAGAUAAAGCACUGAAACAAGCUUUUUGGGGUCAAGUUUAUACGAUCUUUUCAAACUAUAAUUGGUUC